GUUUCCAUUAUUUCGAUCUCUUUCUUCUCUUGCCUUUGUUUCUUCAAUCAUUGCGCGGCUGAUUUUGUCAUGAGAGGAAAUAGAGUCGGACCCUCCAGAACCCAAGACAAUGAAUUUUUCUUUCUUCCUUCCGAUCGGCCGUGAAAUGAGAUCCUCGUUGCCGGAGUCGUCUACGUUGAAGGGAGGCUUUUGUUCUAAAGAGCUGAUAGUCUCAUCCGCCCAUUUGGAAGUGAGUUGGUCUCGAGUUCGGCAGGAGGCAUCAUUGUUCAUCGCUGCAAAGAAUUUCUCCUUAAUGGGGAGGCAAAGGAAAAGGAUUAAAAGGAGUUGGGAAGGGCCUGUGGAGAAACUUCCCCAUGAGAUUCUUGGAGAUAUAUUGUCUCGGGUAAGAGUUGCACAGUAUGUGAUUAAAGCUUCUCUAACUUGUAAGAAGUGGCGAGAGGCUUAUUGCAAACACCUUCGUGCACUUUCGUUUGAUAUUGCCGAUUUUAAGGUUGUCAAUGACCAAGAUCCUGUUCCACGCAUAGAAUUGUUUAUCACAAAGGCAAUUUUUCAAACAACCGCUUUGCGAAAAUUAUCGAUUCUGAUGAGCUCCAGGUACACGUUUUCAGCUGGUACAGUUGGGACUUGGUUAUUGUUUGUUAGAGAAACUUUGUCGGAGCUGGUUUAUAAGGAUGGAAAGUCUACCACAGUUAAUGUUCUUGAUAUGUUUGGAAGGAGAAAAUUGGAAAGUUUGAGUCUGUCUAAUUACAGAAUUGGAAGGGGUGAACUGAAUUUCGAAAGAUUUGCAUGUUUGACAUCACUAUCUCUAUGUCGUGUCGAUAUUUCAGUUGAAGAUCUAAAUCGAUUUCUCAAUGCUCCUCUCAAGCUUGAGUCUUUGAAACUUGAUGAGUUUUCUUCACCAGAAAGAGCAGUCGAAUUCCAUUGUCCUACACUCAAGACCCUUUUUCUUGAUGACAUGAAACUAUAUCAGUUUAUGUUGGAGAGUAGUAGUAUUGAGUGUUUGCAAGUGAAAGAGUGCUAUUUCAGUUCGUUUCAAGUGCGUAGUAGUAAAACUUUGAGGGACAUCAAACUCUCGAACUCCGAGGCUCGGUUUCUUGAAAUUGAACAGACGGACAAUCUAGAAAGUUUUGAACUCACCAGGACUUGUGUUGCCGAGUCAAAUUUGUUUCCAAUGAUGAUACAAGCACCAAAGUUGAAAAGGUUUCACUUUUGGGGUUUCAUGGAAAAGUACAUGUAUAUUGUAAGAGGGGAUGACAGGUCGGGAUUAGUGUUGGAUUUAGAACGAAUGGCUAUUUGUUCACCACAACUUAGCCAUCUUGCAAUAUUUUGCGACAAAAGGCUUGAUGGUCUAGUAUACAAAUUCGGGGAUUCGACCUCCUUGGAGAAGGUCACGGUUCUGGAGAUUGGAUCGGAUGGUUUUGAUGGGUUUGCUGAAUGGACAGAGAAAUUGCUGAAAUGUUGUCCAAAUGUAGAGAAGGUAAUUGUUCAUUGGGAUUUAUAUUUGGGUAAAAUACACCAAUUGAAUGAUCUUUCUGUUCAGUCCUCAUUAUUGGUUAAAAUGAUGAGCAAGUAUCAGCACAUAAAGAUGCAGUUUGCCUUCUCAUAUGCUUAUUGAAAAAGACUAUACUAGAAGUAAAACAUAGAGGAAGUAACAAAAUAAGAGUUUUAUUUUUUUAUUCUCAAAAUAGGAGUUAUAAUGACAACAAUGUCUAUGAAAUGCCAAUGUACACUGUCAUAUUGUUUGAAUGAUUUCUUUAUAUAAUUAUAAUUUUGAUGUAUAGCCUCUAUAUUUUUUAAGUGAGAAUAAUAUGAUUUUGAUUUU